UGUGUGAACCUGUUUGAUCAGAUGUGAAGCUGGUGAACGGCUCCAGUGCGUGUGAGGGCAGAUUUCAGAUCCUGCAUAAUGAUAUCUGGGGCUCAGUGUGUUCCUCGGGCUGGGACGAAAAAGACGCUUCAGUGUUGUGUCAACAGCUGGGUUGUGAUGAUACUGGACAGCCGAAGACAUUCGCAAGUCCUUCAGUGGUGAAUAUCUGGAUGAACAAUGUGGCCUGUACAGGAGAUGAGUUGUCACUGCAAACCUGUCCUUUUGCUGGAUGGGGGUCAAGCUGUUUGACUGGACUUUCUGCAGGAGUGCUUUGCCAAAAAACUACAAAACAAGUUGUGGUGAGCUUUGUGUUGAACAUCAACAAUGGACUGGAUGUCAAUGAUCCACAGAUUAAGCAGAAAUAUCUGGACAAGAUAAGGAAUGUAGUUGAAGGUAAAGGAGUAAAUAGUGUGAACUGGAGAACACAACCUGAUGGAAAGGUGUUUCACGAACAGAAAACAUCCACAGGUCCUUUAUGAAUAAAGGAGGAGUCAAAAACUGCUUAUAACGUUUAAAUCCAAUGUUCAUCUAUUAUUAAAAAUUGUUCCGAAUAACUGAAGAAAAAUACAGCUGAAGAAUCUUCUUAUUUAUUUACAUCUUAAGGAAUUUCCACAAAACUAAAUGUUUAUUGGGGAAGGAAAUGUGUAUAUAAUGGUAUGUUGAUUCCCUGGUUUCAUGAAGAAAAAAAAAAAUAAGAAAAAUCAAGUAGA